GCCCAGAGUAUAGCUACCUGUGGUGCCCCUGAGUGCUUGAGCCAUCGCUACCCGUUGAGUCCCCGUGAACCCAAUGUCCCUAGAAAGCUGGGUGGGAGCUGUGCUGAUGCCAGACUACACAGCUAGAGUCCCGUUGAGUCCCCGAGGCCCCUGCCCAGUGUUAGGUUGUCGCCUGUUGACCGAGACCCCUGCCCAGGGGUAGAUUGCCGCCUGUUGCCUGAGGUCCCUGCCCAGUGGUAGGUUGCUGCCUGUUGCCCGAGGCCCCUGCCCAGUGGUAGAUUGCCGCCUGUUGCCCGAGGCCCCUGCCCAGUGGUA